AUGGCAAAUGCCAAACGACAGACUGCCCAACACAUCGAAGUCGAUCAACUACUGAUCGAUCUGAGGUAUCUCGACCUUACUGGAUCUGUCGAGUACGAUUCACAAUGUCCAAUUGCACAAGGGGGAUUCGGUGAUAUCUAUAAAGGUCGUUGCAGACGGAAAGAUGACACUGAGUGCCGUCACUGCCGUGUUGCUAUCAAACGUUUGAGAAUUUAUCUAGAUGGAGGUCGGGAUGUGUUUAGGCGUGAGAUUAGAGCGUGGAGCAAAUUGAGCCAUCCCAACGUCCUCCCUUUGGCCGGAUACAUGCUUGAAGAGACUGGUGGACUAUCACGUUUGCCGUCCUUGGUUUCCGAAUGGAUGGAAAACGGUAACAUACUAGAGUUCGUCAAGAGCAACCGAGAUUGCGAUAUUAAUAGGCUUGCACAUGGUAUGGCAGAAGGCCUCGCAUACCUCCAUGCAAAUGGAGUUAUACAUUCUGACUUUAAAUCCGGGAACGUGCUCAUUUCUUCGACAUAUGAAGCGCUGAUAUGCGACUUCGGAGCUGCUCAUGUCACCCAGGAUGCUCAGGCAGCUGGCGUAUCGAGCACAGUAACCGGUGCUAGAGGUUCCUGUAGAUGGCUGGCCUAUGAGCUUUUAGCAGACUCAGAGCAAUACCAAACAGCUACAAAAGAGUCGGAUACCUGGUCAUUUGGAAUGACAUUGUUGGAAGUUUUGACGGGAGAUCAACCUUAUUCGCAUCUCAAGCGCGACGGACAAGUCAUAGUUGCAAUUACACAGAAGAUCCUUCCUUCUCCACCAACAGAAGGUCUCAUAAUCGGAACUAGGUCGCAGCUCUGGGAAGUUUGUAUGAGUUGCUGGAGGUGGGAACCGAGUCAUCGCCCCACAAUGACAGUUAUUGCUCUCAGGCUUGGAGCUGUACUCCCUUCAAAACAACAGGAGUCGGAUCCAGUGCUGCUGUCCGCGCACGUCAACACUUCUCAUCAAUCCAGCCCUUUCUUCAACAAUACAAAUGCAUCACUCAACACAAAUACAGCAGACCUAAAUGAUCCACAUGGGAUCUCGUUCAACAAGGAUGAUCUUCUCGAAGUCCUUAACAACGAAGGUCUGUGGUGGCAAGUAAGGAAAGAAGAUGGCACUAUUGGAAUUGCACCAUCAACUUAUAAAAUGCUUCUUAAUGGCGCUCGGCCUGUGUAUCGAGCCAGGGCACUAUACACUUAUAAAGCAGACCCAAAUAAUACUAAUGAGAUUUCAUUUAACAAAAAUGACACUCUCGAGAUACUCAAAAAACGAGGGAAGUGGUGUCAAGCAAAGAAAGCGAAUGGGAUUGUCGGAAGGCAGCGAGUAGGCCGCGCCGUCCAGGAGUGA